AUGGACGAAUAUCUACGCACCAUCCAGGAUAUUGGAGAUGCUUUAGGGAGCGAAAAAUCAACAUCAGUUACCUUUUCUAAGCUUUUAGACGAUCUUAAUCCGAUUGUUAUCAGAACCGCCCAAGAUGAGGAAUUUAGAAAUGGUAUGGCAAACUCUAUCCACACAUGGUCAAAUAUUAAGGAAUGCCUCGAAAAUAUAGAUAUAAAGAUGAUUCAGGGUAGGAAAGUCGAUGAAGAGCUUCGAUUAUACCUGAGAACUAUUAGAGGAAUAGUAAUACUAAUGAGAAACCUCUCUGUUAGUAAUCAAGAAAUACCACAAGAACAAUUGUUACAAAAUCUUGUCAUUAGAGUCUUUACCACCAUAAUUAAAGAAAAUUUAACAACAUAUGGAGAAAUGGAAACAUCUCUAUACGUAGCGAUUUUGAGUUUCCUUCAUAACAUUACAAAGAACGUUGUUAUUUUCGAUAAAACUAUCAUAGAUUCGUUAUUUGAGUUUUUCAAAUAUCCAGUAUAUCAUCCAAAGGAUAAGAAAGAAAUCUUAUUUCCUUAUGUGCUAUAUUUCAUAAACAUGACGCAAAAUGACGAUUUCCUUUACUAUUUUUUGAAACGUUCAGAUAAAGACAUCAUCUUGUAUAAUUUCUUAAUAAAAGAAAUCAUGAAUGAACAUUCAAAUUUGUUUAAAUAUAUGGAAAGAGUGUCAAUUGAUAUGCAAGAAAUCGAUAUAACGUCAAUGGAUGCAAUCCUUCUGAAAUGCUUCAAACGCAUAGCGUGCAAUGGAUCUUUUGCACCGUAUUUGGAAGAUAUUGAAGAAUCAGACAAUGACAAAUUUUUCUGUUAUUUAAGACUAUUACAACUUGUAAUUACAAGUAGUGAAGAUUGGGAUAAAUUUGAAUUGACGGCAAUUAUGAGUUGGUGUUUUAAAAUAUUUGAAAAGGCUGCCACCUCUACUGAAAGUUACUUCAGAAAAGGAAAAGAUAUUGAAAGUGAAGCAUCCAUUUUACAUAAAAAGUUACUUAUUACUUUAGAUAUGAUUUGUUCACUCUGCAAAUAUGAGCAUGUUCAGAAAUUUAUCCUCCAUUAUGAGGGAGUAGAGAAAUUGAUAUCUCUUCUGCAUGUAUUGCAAAAGCAUUUAUUCCGUAUUAAUUUUCAAAAGGAUAAUAAAAAAGGUUCCAUAAAUAGGGAAGUUAAAACUACAAAUGAAUUAGGUGAUAAGAUUACAGAUAUAACGCUUUUAGAAAAAAGAGUUGAUUAUGACAAUUUUAAAGUUAGAAGCACCAACUUUCCGGAAUGUAAAUCUUUAAUUAUCGAAAUCUUGGCCAUGUUAACAUACCAGAGAAAAGAAGUACAGGAUAAAAUGAGAGAUCUACAUGCUCUAGAGAUAAUCCUCUCAAAUUGUGUUAUUGAUGAUAAUGAUCCAUUUAUAAAGGAAAGGAGUAUCGUAUGUAUUAGAUUUCUCCUUGAGGGUAAUCAAUUGAAUCAAGAUUUUGUUGUCAAGUUGGAAGCCAAGAAAGCAGUGCAAGACGAUGUGCUAUCCGAGGCGGGCUUUGAAGUAAAGGUUGAUGGAUCAGGUGGCAUCAAUUUAAUGUCUAAGGACUCAACACAUAUAUCGUUGACAGAUAAAUAG